AGCGAUAGAGAGAGAGCGGUAGAGAGAGAGAAAGGGAGCAGAGGGAGGGGUAGAUAGAGACAAACAAGGGAAGCCGACAAUUUUUUUUUAUUUGGAGCUUCCCCUGCCCCCUCAACCAUCUCUUGGGAACAAGGGAAUACAGCAACGGUUUAAAGCCAGGGAGAGAGGGACCGAGAGAGAGAGAGAAAGAGGGAGGGAGAGACUGUUGAAUGCACUUGGCCGGUAUAUUCUAGGGUGAUCCAAAUCUUGCUUUAUCAGGCCGUCUGAGAGAGAGAAGAAUAAGAGACUGAGGAGAACAGAACAUGAGGGAGAGUCUUUCGGUCUGUUUUCAAAAUCGUUCCAUUCUUUUUUAGAGAAAGAGAAGAGAAAACAUAAGGGGGAGCUUUGGAGAGAGAAAAGCGAAAGAGGAUGGAGGGGGACAAGAGAAAGAGGGGAAUGAAUUAACUUAGAGACUACUAAGGGCUGUGGAGAUGUUUUUCCUUUCUUAAGAAAAAGACUUGUACCCAAAUAAGAGCAAAAAAUGUUUUAACAUAUUAACAUAGUUGAUUCUCUAAAUGCUGUUUUUCCACCCUGCAAGUGAGCACUGAAAAGCAUAUGCGUGAAGAAAUCUGAUGGAUGCGACUGAGAUAGAGAAAGGCAAGGCAGAGAAUUCUGACAUGGUGUCGACCCAAAUUGACAGAGUGGGAAGAGGAAGGAGUUGGAUAUUCAGUGAUAGACACAUCUACCACCAAACACAGAUUAUUGCGUUUGACGAGCUGUGCACAGACUUCAAGAACCCAAUCGAUCAGAGCAACCCCACCAGAGCGAGGGAAAGAAUUCUGAAUAUUGAAAGAAUAUGCAACUUGCUGCGGAAGCUGGUGGUGCCAGAGUACUCCAUCCAUGGGCUGUUCUGCCUGAUGUUCAUGUGUGCUGGGGAGUGGGUCACCCUGGGCCUAAACAUCCCCCUGCUCUUCUACCAUCUCUGGAGGUUUUUCCAUCGGCCGGCAGAUGGGUCAGAGGUAAUGUAUGACCCUGUCAGUGUGAUGAAUGCAGACAUCCUGAACUACUGUCAGAAGGAGUCCUGGUGUAAGCUGGGCUUCUACCUGCUCUCCUUCUUCUACUACCUGUACAGUAUGGUCUAUGCCUUGGUGAGUUUCUAAACACAGAAUAGAAGACAAAGCGACAAAGAGGAGAUUGAAAGACAGUAAAAGAGAAAGAGCAUGCAAGACUAAGACUGGGUGAUGUCACUCACCCUUCUUUCUCACCACCCAUUACUCCAUCACAGAGCCUGUUUUGCUCUCCUCAAAUCUUUGGAUGGAGGGACAAACAUCGGAGGACAUCGUGAGGAAAUUAGGCAAAGUAAAGAGACUUCUUUAGGCUGCUCAGGCACUGCCGAGACAUAGAAGAGGAGGCGCAGACAGAGAGGAGGAAUGAAAUAAUGAAGAGAAAGAGAGAACACAUCUUAGCCUGUGUACGGGAUGCCUUGAUCUGACCACAUCACGUCUUAAGGGCUGCGGGUCUGCUAUUCUUAGUGAUACUGUCACUCAACUGUGAAUUUAUAACGUUUGUGUUGCCUAAGUCCUAGCGUAGAUGUUGCGGAUUCAUACGUCAAUAUCCUUCCAUUCCAAUAAACCUAACCAUUUUAGAAAAUAAACAUGUAUUUAGUUAUUCUACUAAUUUGGUUAUUAUUAAUUAUUUCAAUAAUUCAGUACUUGUGGUAAAUCAUAUUCCGAGGAUAUGAAUAGUUAGUUGUUUAAGCAAAUAAAUACACAGUUCAAUGCUACUAUUUUGAUCCAGAGUGAUAGUAAUUGUGUUAUUCACAAAUAUCUAAUAUACGUAAUUUAUGAAGUCAACAACACAAACACACAAUAUGAACUGAACAUAUGAACACAACAUGAACCAAUGGAGCAAGCCAAGUGGAGAAAUUACAAGCUUUAACACUGUUUCGAUUAUGAUGCAAUGGCCAUAAGCUUCUGCGAAGGAUCGCGGACACCCUGGAGCAAUGUUUGAGUCUAGGUCCAUCCCAAUCAAGACACUAUCUCCCAGUCCCCGUUCCUGCCCAGGGCAAACAGGCGGAUUUCAUUCCAACAGAAAAUUAUUCAGGAUUGAAGGGGAUGUUUUAGCUCUGACCGAGUUGGUACUUGGGUGUUUAAGUAUUCUGUGUUUGUCUGUUCUGUUCUAGGCAGCAAUGGAUGAUUUCACCUGGACUUUCCAUGCUCUGUGCUCAGUGAUUCUAGAUUCUAGAAAUCUCAUUCAAGAAAAGCAAUAGCUAGGAGUGAUUACUGUACAUGGGAUCCUUUUUCCUCUGUGGACUAAUACUGUGUGACACAAAUAACUGAUGAGGCUGCUGAAGAUGCUGAUGUUGAUAGGGUUCCAAUGAUGACUGUGUCAAGUGCAUAAACGCAUCUCACAUAGAACAUUAUGGUGGGACUUACAUACUGUAACUGUUCUCACUCAUAGGUGUCACAGUGAAUGUUGUCAGACACUUUAGUCUUCGGUUCAUUUCAAAGCCGUGACUUAGCUGGUGCUGUCCUCAUCGUCAUGAAUCCAUAGCACUAUGUGUAGAUAAUUGAUAAUGAUCGGACUGUGUGAUGUUAAAAUUAUUAGAAAAAUGGGUAAUACUGGAACUUGAAAAAUACAUGUAAAACUGAGUGAUUAUUUAUUAUAAGCUGACCAUAAUUGUAGUAAUGAAUUGUUUACAACAGUUGUGAUCAGUUGGCAUCUGAACACAAACAGAGCCCUGCAUUAUAAUGGAGCCACUCACAUUUUAGUAAUGUGUCAAUAUUGUUCAGCUAGGUUUCUUGUGCCAAGACACAUACGGUAUGUUGAUCCUGACAGUUCCCUCUAAAAAAGGACAACAACUCCUCAACCCCUGCCAACAAUGUGAGUCAAUCACAGACAAUUGCUAAAGCACAAAAUGGCGGGUCACAGAGGAGGGGAAAUAUAGCUAGGCUGACCAUCAAUGACUGUCAUAAUGCAGUUCAUCAGAAUGAAUGAAUGAAUAUAUAUUUAAGAAUAACUAUUUGUAACUGUCUUCUAUACAUCUCUCAUCACUGUAUUCUAUAUUUGUUGGUGCGGUAGUUUGUAUUCAUUAGAAUACAAUAUGAUAUACAGGUCACAAACAGCAAUUCACAUAUUAUAAUAAAAUAGCAAUGUGUUAAAAUA